ACGCGCGCGGAGGCGGCGGGGCCGGAAGCGGCGGGGCGGGGCCGGAAGCGGCUGUUGCGGCGGCGCCAUGGCGGAGGCGGCGGCGGCCGGGGGCAGCCCCGAGGCCGGGGCCGAGGCCGAGGCCGAGGCCGGGGCCGAAGCCGGGGCCGGGGCCGAGCCGGGCCGGCGGCGGCCCCACGGGCUGCUCCAGCGCUAUUACGGGCUGCCCGAGGCGGCGGGGGAGGCCCCGGACCCCGCCGACAUCAACGGGCCCCACUUUGACCCGGAAGUGUACCUCACCAAGCUGCGGAGCGAGUGCCCGCUGGGGCAGCUGCUGGCGCGCGAGGCCGAGCUGGUGCGGCAGAUCCGGGCGCUCGACAGCGACAUGCAGACGCUCGUCUACGAGAACUACAACAAGUUCAUCUCCGCCACCGACACCAUCCGGAAGAUGAAGGCCGACUUCCGGCGCAUGGAGGCCGAGAUGGACGGUCUGGCCGCCAACAUGGCCGCCAUCACCGCCUCCAGCGCCCGCGUCAGCGCCGCGCUGCAGGAGCGGCACCGCCGUGGCGCCCAGCUCGCCGGGGUGCACGCGCUGCUGCGGAAGCUGCAGUUCCUGUUCGAGGUGCCGGGGCGGCUGCGGCGGUGGGCGGAGCCGGGCGGGGAGGCGGGGCGGGCGGUGCGCUGCCACGCCCGCGCCCGGGCCGUGCUGCGCCAGUACCGCCACCUGCCCUCCUUCCGCGCCAUCGAGGACGAGAGCCGCGCCAUCAUGGCCGCCCUGGCCCAGCGCCUCCGCGCCCGCCUCCGGGACGGCGCCUCGGACCCCAAGGAGCUGGCGGAGUGCGUGGAGCUGCUGCUGCAGCUGGAGGAGCCGCCCGAGGAGCUGUGCGAGGAGUUCCUGGCGCACGCCGGCGCCCGCCUGGAAGCCGAGCUGGCGGCGCUGGAGGCCGAGCUGCCGCCCGAGGGCGCUGAGGAGGACGAGGCCGCGCCGCCGCCGCCCACCGACAUCCUCGACUUCGUCGACCGCGGCUGCUCCGCCUUCGUGGGCAACCUCUGCUUGCUGGCGGCCUCCUACCGCGGCCUCUUCGAGGGGCGCGCGGCGGCGGACGGCGGCGGCGGCGGAGGAGGAGGAGGAGGAGGAGGGCGGCUGGAGGCCUUCGCCGGCGGCCUGGCCGCCCGCUACUUCGCCCUGCUGGAGCGGCGCCUGGCGCUGGAGCGGGGCCUGGGCGACCCGGCGCUGCUGGUGCGGGCGCUCGACCGCUUCCACCGCCGCCUCCGCCCGCUGCUGCCGCUGCUGCCGCCCGCCGCCGCCGCCGCCGCCGCCGCCCUCGUGGCCCGCGCCGCCCGCCGCCGCCUCGCCCGCUACCUCGCCGCCCUCCAGGCCUUCGUCCUGGGCUGCCUGGGCGACGCCCGCCGGGCCCUGGCCGCCCCCCGGGCGCCGGGCAAGGAGGGGCCGCCGCUGCCGGAGCUCCUGGCCGCCCUGGCCGCCGCCGCCCUGGCGCAGCUCAAGGCCGUGCUGGCCUACGCCCGCCUCUUCACCGCCAAGGACGUCGCCUUCGCCAGCCUGCCCUACUUCAAGGGGGAGUUCUGCGCGGUGGCGGUGCGCGAGGGGCUGGUGGUGGCCUUCGUGCGCUGGCUCUGCCGCACGGCGCGCGGCUUCUGCGAGGGCCCGGCCGAGCGGGGGGCCCCGGCGGCACCCCCGGCCCUGCUGCUGCUCCUCGCCCGCCUCUGCCUCGACUACGAGGCCGCCACCAUCAGCUACGUCCUCACCCUCACCGACGAGCAGUUCCCCCCCGAGGAGGGGGCCCCGCCGGGGACGCCGGGGACGGCGCUGGGCGCGGAGGCCCGCGAGGCGGCCCAGCGGCUCCUCGACCACUACGUGAAGGUGCAGGGUGCCGCCGUGGCCCAGAUGCUGCGCAAGAGCGUGGAGACCCGCGACUGGCUGGGCACCGCCGAGCCCCGCAACGUGCGCGCCGUCAUGAAGCGCGUCGUCGAGGACACCACCGCCAUCGACGUCCAGGUGGGGCAGCUCUUCGAGGAGGGGGUGCGGCGGGCGCAGAGCAGCGACUCGAGCCGGCGCGCCUUCUCCGUGUACAGCAGCUCGCGGGCGCCGGGGCGCUACGCCCCCAGCUACACGCCAAGCGCCCCCAUGGACACCCACCUGCUCAGCAACAUCCAGAAACUCUUCUCCGAGCGCGUCGACAUCUUCAGCCCCGUCGAGUUCAACAAGGUGUCGGUGCUGACGGGGAUCAUCAAGAUCAGCCUGAAGACGCUGCUGGAGUGCGUGCGGCUGCGGACGCUGGGCCGCUUCGGGCUGCAGCAGGUGCAGGUGGACGCCCACUACCUGCAGCUCUACCUGUGGCGCUUCGCCGCCGACGAGGGGCUCGUGCAGGGGCUGCUCGACGAGAUCGUGGCCAGCGCCGGGCACCGCUGCCUCGACCCGGCGCCCAUGGAGCGCAGCGUCGUCGAGCUGCUCUGCGAGCGCGGGUAGGACACGCCAGGAACACGCCAAGGACACGGGACGCGCGGGGGACAUGGGAUGCACGCGGGAGCGUGGGCAGCGCCGGGCACCGCUGCCUCGACCCGGCGCCCAUGGAGCGCAGCGUCGUCGAGCUGCUCUGCGAGCGCGGCUAGGACACGCCAGGAACACGCCAAGGACACGGGACGCGCGGGGGAUGCACACGGGACACGCAACGUGGCAUGGAACCGGGGCCAGCGCCGGGCACCGCUGCCUCGACCCGGCGCCCAUGGAGCGCAGCGUCGUCGAGCUGCUCUGCGAACGCGGCUAGGACACGCCAGGAACACGCCAAGGACACGGGACGCGCGGGGGAUGCACGUGGGACACGGGAGCGGGGCCAGCGCCGGGCACCGCUGCCUCGACCCGGCGCCCAUGGAGCGCAGCGUCGUCGAGCUGCUCUGCGAACGCGGGUAAAACACGCUAAGAACACGCCAAGGACACGGGACGCGCGUGGGACACGGGAUGCACGCGGGAGCGGGGCCAGCGCCGGGCACCGCUGCCUCGACCCGGCGCCCAUGGAGCGCAGCGUCGUCGAGCUGCUCUGCGAACGCGGGUAGGACACGCCAGGAACACGCCAAGGACACGGGACGCGCGUGGGAUGCACGUGGGACACGGGAGCGUGGGCAGCGCCGGGCACCGCUGCCUCGACCCGGCGCCCAUGGAGCGCAGCGUCGUCGAGCUGCUCUGCGAACGCGGGUAAAACACGCCAGGAACACGCCAAGGACACGGGACGCGCGUGGGAUGCACACGGGACACGGGAUGCACGCGGGAGCGUGGGCAGCGCCGGGCACCGCUGCCUCGACCCGGCGCCCAUGGAGCGCAGCGUCGUCGAGCUGCUCUGCGAACGCGGGUAGGACACGCCAGGAACACGCCAAGGACACGCCAAGGACAUGGAUGACGCUGGGCAGCACGGACAGAGCACUUGUAGCAAUGUGUGUUGACGUGACACGCGUGUAGCCCCGUGGUGGAAUCACAUGUUGGAGGCGGAAGUGGGUCCCGUGUGCCAGCACACGCGUGUCAGGCCGUGCCGUGCGUGUCCCCGCGCGCUCAGCCCCUCUUCCCGUGUCCUGGCACACGCGUGUCCCCCCAUGCGUGCUGCCAGGUCCCGUGUCCCUGCACACGCGUGUCAGUCCGUGUCCCACGCGUCCCUGCAUGUCCGGAGCUUUGUCCCGUGUCCCAGCACACGCGUGUCAGCCCGUGUCCCGCCUGCCCAUCGCCGGGGCCCUCCCGUGUCCCCGGGGGGGGGGGGCUGCACACGCGUGUCCUGCGCGCGGGGACGUCCCGUGUCACCGCGUCACCGACUGCACCAAUAAAAACACGUGAGCUGC